AUGAGAUUGGAUUCAUUCACUUGUGAUGCAUGUGGCACCCAUGGUGAAAAUGUUUCUUAUAUUUGUUCUACAUGCAACAUUCUAAUUCAUAUGGACUGUAUUUCAUGGCCUUGCUUUAUUAGAAUUAAUCUACACCGCCUUCCCAUUUCCAGUAACUUUUCCUCACCAUUCACUGUGACGAUUCUAGAAAAUGGGACUGCAAAAUCUGUUAGAAGAAGUGUAACUGAGUUUAAGAAUUUAGAUGAAUUUAAGGAACUCGAUGAAUCUGAGAAUUUAAUCAUUCGUUUUCUUCGAGAAACCAAAGUUGGGGACAAUGUUGUAGUUGCAAAGAUAAUACAUUCUAGUCAUGAUCUGCACAGCUUGACAUUCAACGAUGAUAUCAAUAGUAAUAAGCAUUGUAAUGGGUGUAUGCUGCCUAUAUUUUCUUCAUUUUACUAUUCUUCAUGUUGUGAUUUCUUUCUCCACAAAGCUUGUGUUAAACUGCCAAAGAAGACUCGGGCCAAAGUUCAACACUCCUCCUUGGACUGUAUGCAACAAACACCAAUGCUUCUCCAUAAAGUAUCAAACCUUGUAGCACUGAGAGACUUAGUUAGAAUAUCAGCAAACUAA